CGCCCUUCUAGAAUCCCAGAGACGCGUUGCCGCCGCCACUGCCGCUACCGCUCCCUGGCACCACUGCUGCCGCCAUCCCCACCCCACUGAGCCUGUCAUGCCGAAACACGAGUUCUCCGUGGAUAUGACCUGUGAGGGCUGUGCUGAGGCCGUCUCUCGAGUCCUCAACAAGAUGGGAGGACUGGAGUUUAACAUUGACCUCCCCAACAAGAAGGUUUGCAUCGAGUCUGAACACAGUGUGGACGCCCUGCUGGCAACCCUGACGAAAACAGGAAAGACCGUGUCCUACCUCGGCCCCAAGUAGCCGGAACCUGGAGCCCCAGCCCACAGGAUGGACCAAAGGGGGCAGCACAGCCAGGGAGGAAGUACAAGGACCCAGCGCCCUUCUCGCCAGCACAGGGAAGUUCAAGCUCAUUGACGCAGCACUGCCUCGCCAUCUCAGCAGAGGGCACUCGUGAUGCCCAUCCCCACGGAGCACAUCUGACCAGUAAACGACAGUGAUUGGCAUGUCCUCACCACGGUCAGAAGUGGGACCCAGAGAGGGAAAGUGACUUGACCAAAACACCCCUUGCAGGGGAUGCAGCGGCAGGAAGACAGGAAGGCAUCCCAAGUUCAAGUCUGGUGCUGUGUUAUUGGUGGUAGGGUCCUGUGGGUAUGUCCCCAGAGAGCUUCCCGGACAGAGGCCAGCUCUAACCGGCUGACAGGCCACGCCAGCCCCUGCAGGUCUGGCUUCCUUCCUAAAGGUAUCUGUG